AUGAAAUUGGUUCAACUUCAUCAGUUGUUUGGCUGCGGGAAUACAGAUGUUCCCGUCAGAAAUGCUGUUAAUAAAUUGGCUCUAUUCUUAUUAGGAACGGUGUUUACCCUUGUACCUAUUGGAGAUAUGAUUUCAUACUGGAAAGAGAAGGCAAUAUCGCCCUCUUCAUCUACACGGACUCUUAACCACGGCACCGAAGAGAUAAUCUCUGCCCUCAAGGAUUUCUAUGAUAAACAGAUUCAGGAAAUGAAGGCUGAUCAUAGGAAUGAAAUUCAGGCAAUAAAAGACGAGUGUUCUUGUCUGAAGGAGAUGCUGGAGGAAAAAGACGAAUUUAUUCAGAUAGUUAUGAAGAAGAUUGAAAGGCCCCUGAAGACAGCCACAACAGGUCAAAAGGGCCGGGAGAAUAAGAAAGAAGAAAAGGCCAAAAAGGAAAGCAAUGAAUUGGCAGAGGCAAUGAAGGAGAUAGCUAAACUAAAAGAAGAUCUAGAGCAACUCCGGAGGGAGGUGAGAGCUGGACGGAUGAACGAAAAGGAUGCCAAGCAAUCGGGAAAUGGGCCACACAAAGUUGGAGAGGAAAACCUGCAUCCACAAAGCAGAUUCUGGGCAGGAUUUGCAACCGACCCUAACCUCUCUGAGUUGGAUGUCUAUUCAUUGAUGAAGAGAGAUUCGACGAGACAAAAUAGUGACACUGAAGACCAUGGUGAUGAAAGUAAUUCUUCACGCACAAAAAGAAAAUGUCGGGAAGUCUGUGAAAGCAAAACUGUCACGAGGAACGGGAAUAAAAUACAGCGUUGGAAUUGGAAAAUGAACAGAAAGUUAAAACGUCAAGCUAAACAUGACCCUAUGUGGGAUGAACUUCGGGAAGAGCUUAAAGAAUGGCAAAAGCUUUCUAAUUCAGAGGAAAUACCCGAGGAGGAGAUACAGGGCAUACUUGACGACAUGGAACAGAUGCUUAGGAAGGAACUAGAGAAGGUGAAUAAGGAGGAAAUAGGAGAGGUGGAAAUAGAAGAGGACAUACUUGAGGACAUGGAACAGAUGCUUAGGAAGGAACUAGAGAGGUUGAAUAAGGAGGAAAUAGGAGAGGGGGAAAUAGAGGAGGACAUACUUGAGGAUAUGGAACAGAUGCUCAAGAAGGAAAUAGACGAGCUGGAUCUGGAGGAAAUAGAAAAGCUGCUUGAGGGAGACAUAGAGGAGGACAUGCUUGAGGAGAUAGAAAAGUUGCUUAAGGAGGAGCUACAAGACAUACUUGAGGAUAUGGAGAAGGGGCUUGAGGAGGAAGAAGAGGUGCUCAAGGAGGAUGAUCCAGAGGAGAUAUUUGAGGAUACAGAAAUACUUGAGGCGAUAAGGCAGAUACUCCAGGAGGAGAAGGCUCAAAUGCACUCUAAAAGAAGGUGGGGAAAGAAUGCAUGGAAGUCCAUCAUUCGGGAGCAUAAGGAGAGAAAGGCUGACAAAAGGGCCGAAAAAAAACUGAGGAAACGGCAAUUAAUCUCUACAAAACGGAAAGAGGAGAGAAAGACCCAAAGAGAAGCUGAAAACAGGUGGGUCAGUAGGGUAAAGAGAAAUAUCAUGCAUCGACAUGAGGAGAGAAAGCAUCAAAGAAAAUCUGAGGACUAUAAGUUUAGGAUAGCUGAACAAGAAAGGAGAAAGGAGGCAAAAAGAUUUCUUAAGGAAGAAAAGGAAAGGAGGGCCCAAUCAAAGGCUAGAAAAGAUAGGCUGGAGAAGGAAAUGAGAUUGAAAAGGAAGCAAGAGCACAAGAAGAGAAAGGCUUUAGAACGAGAAAUGAGAAAGGAGGCAAAAAGAGCUUUUAAGGAAGAAGAAAAGGAAAGGAAGGCCCAAAUAAAGGCUGAAGAAGACAAGAUGAGGAAUGAAAGGAGAUACAAGAUACAGCAAGAACGCAAGAAGAGGAGGGCUCUAGAAAGCCUUGAAAUACGGAGGAUAAAUCGUGAAUUACGGGAGAUGGUGAGAAGGAAAAAAGACUUAGAUAUGUAUAAAUUACCCCUAAAUUCUGUAGAAGCCCUAAUUCUUGAAUACAUUUGGUCCUUCUUGGAAGAACCUGCAUUGCUCUCUUUGUAUCUGAGACAUCCUACAAAUCCCAAUUACAACCUGAAUGUUCUGGAGGAGCGUUGGAAAAACAGGAAAAAAGAUAGAAAGGCACAAGGAACUUCCAGCAGCCCCCCAACUGCUUUCGGUCCACUAGCCUUAGGCACAACCCCCAGUAGUCUUGAGCCAGCACAUGUCCACUUGAGUAUCCAGUCCACAUUCCAGGGCCAGGCAGCUUCCAGCAGCCCCCCAACUGCUUUUGGUCCACCAGCCUUGGGAGCUUCCAAGGAGAGUGAACUUCCAGCAGCCCCCCACUGCUUUUAG